GCUAUUUCGACGGUGGGGUGAGUCUUGUAUCCUUAGUGUGAGUCUAGAAAAGGGCGCAAGCCCUGGCACACUUCGCUCUCGAAGGGUUGAAGCCCAACAGCGCCUUCAGUGAGAGUGCCGGUACUUGCAUUUCCAGUAUAUCAUUCAACAUGGCAUCAGGAGGGGCAGCAGAUUCUUCCAGUGGAGGACAAGUGCUGCUCUUUCUAACACCAUAUUCCCCUCCACUGCAAUACAUUGCUAGCCUGGAAAGGGUUAGUCCUGGGAUUCGUGUGAUUUCGCGACAAAUUCCUAUGUAUGCCACUGAAGUUCCUUCAGACAUAUCGCCUGAGACUUGGAAAUCGGUUACAGCACUUCUUACAUGGAAGGCCCUUCCUAAAAAGGAGCAAGUUCCUAACCUCCGAUACGUGCAACUUAUUAGUGCCGGUUGUAAUCAUUUGUCGGAACUCCCAGUUUUCAAGGAGACAGAUAUUGCUUAUUGUACAGCCAAUGGAGUUCAUCCACCCCAGAUAACAGAAUGGGUUUUUUCUACUUUCUUAUUGUUCCAACAUCAUAUCCCCGAGCACUUGGAAAACCAGAAGCUUGGAAAAUGGAUCGACCCUCCAUCUGAUGAGGGUGUUGAGGAUGCGGUUGGUCUGCGGGUAGGUAUCCUCGGAUACGGCUGUAUUGGACGGCAAUGCGCUCGAGUCGCAAAAGCUUUUGGAAUGGAUGUCUAUGCCUAUACGCUACACGAGCGAGCCACCCCCGAAUCACGGAAAGAUGAGUCGUUCACUGAACCUGGUCUGGGGGAUCCAGAAGGGAUUUUUCCUUCUAGGUGGUUCUUUGGCGACAAACAGCUGAAUGACUUCUUGGGCUCUGGCCUAGAUCUUUUAAUCAUUACCCUGCCAGGGACGACCAAAACUAAAGGCUUGAUAACUAAAACUCAGUUUGAAAUUCUCAGCAAGAAGAAGGCGUUCGUCAGCAAUGUAGGACGAGGCACCAUUAUCAACACGGACGAUCUUGUUUCAGCCCUAGAGAACGGUAAAAUUAGAGGGGCCUCAUUAGAUGUAACUGAUCCUGAACCGCUCCCUGCAGACCACAAGUUGUGGAAAACACCAAACGCUAUUAUUACUCCUCACACUAGUGGUAUUUCAGAUCACUAUAGUGAGCGAGUCAUGAAGAUCUUGGCAUAUAACCUAAGCCGUCUUCACGAAGGAAAGGACUUGAUUAAUCAAGUAGACAAAUCAUUGGGAUAUUAGGAGAUGGUUUCAGAAUCUGGAGAUAUCAAUGCUUCUUACUCAUAUUGAGAAAUAUACACACAGCUUAGAUUUUCAGCUACAACUAUGGACUUAUUAUAACAUCACUAAUUAUCAUUGAC